UGUCACGGCAGGUUCUCCGAGUAGACGGGUCCCCAGAGCCCGCCUGCCUGUGACCAUGGAGGCCAGAGUGCUCUGGCUGCUGGUGGUGGUCCUGGUCCUGGGGUCCUCCAACAGGGCAGCAGCGUACGAGGGCCUGUCGACGAAACUGUGUGAGGUGCCGGCCAAGGACAGGGUGGACUGCGGCUACCCCGAGAUCAGCCCCGAACAGUGCACCAAUCGGGGCUGCUGCUUCGACUCCAGCAUCCACGGGGUGCCCUGGUGCUUCAAGCCUCUGCAGGACACAGAAUGCCGAUUUUGAAGCAACGUGCACUGGUCCCGGACAUGCCGGGAUAAGACCUCCCGCCCUCGGGGCCCCCGCCUGUGUCCUCUGCCGGCUGCUCCCGGCUCCCUGCUU